AUGCCCUCUAAAGCACCCCAGCUCACCUUAUACCCCUCCGGCGUCUACGCUCUCUCCCGCGCUCCCCGCGGCGACAGAUGGUCGGCUUUCAUCCCAGCCGACCAUCCAACACGCCCUGAAGGCCCCCAGGAUCCGCAAUCCACACACCACCUUCCGUCGGGGCUACUCGACGACGGCGGCGCGCCCUCGUCCCCGGGUAGCUCCGCCUGGAGCACGCUCGCCAACGCUCCGGCUCCGGAUCGCGCAGCCUGGGGCUCUUCGGACCCCUCUGCUUGGCCGCCCUCGCCCUGGGAACGCCCCGCCUGGAGACCUUCGGCACGCGAUGUGCAGGCCUGGGGCCCGCCGCCCCGUGAAUCGUCGACUCCUCGCUCGGGUAUCCGCGACGCGCUGCGCGAGGACUCGAUUGAAGAGGAUGAGAGGAGGGAGGUCCGCGCCCAGGCGGUUGAGUUCUUGCGCCGCAGGACGCUGGUGAGGAUGAGUGAAGGGGAGGGACGGCAGGGCAGGGGAGGAGAAGGACUUGCGGAGCGGCGCUGCGUGGAGGAAGAGCGCGCGCGCAGGGUGGGUGUUAUUGGGGACGGGCGGCCGAGGGGGAAAGAGGGCCCGGAGCUGGGCAAGGGGGCUUCCGGUCCUGCUUCCGCGGAUGAGGGGACGAGGGAGGAGUGA